CUCGACGCAAAUAAUCGUGACGAGACACCAGGCAAAGACAAAGCAUGCUGCGCGGCACCAGCUAUCCAGCGAUGACCUUAUUGUUCAAAUAAAUCGCCUUCAGUCAUUCACUGCAAGAGGGAUUAAACAUGGCCGCAACGUCUGGAAAUCCGUCCGAUUCUUCAAGUUCAGAGUCACGUCACUAUCCACAUCGAGUAGGCAUUCUACAGGUUUUAACGUCAAAAAUUAACCUUUUGCAAGAAUUCUCGUUUGUCGUUGCUCUUGUACCGCUCAGUACUCUCCUCGCUGGCUGCGCGAUAUCAGCGCCCUCUCUCCGCGACAUAUACAUCCUAUCAUUAUCCUACAAUACCAAUAGUCGCACGCUGCAGACUUCCUCAGUCAACGAGACCCUGUAUGGCGCAUUCACCAACCCACUCAACGACACGUCAAAAAUUGUCGAAGUCAGAGUUGCCUACUUCGCUCUCUGCGUAUUGACAAGUGCAAGAAACUGGAUAUGCGACUCUAACGCCUCGAAUUUGGCCCAGUCUCUUCGGGCGGACAACCAGACGGAUCCUCUUAAUUUGCUAUGGAUCGGAGAAAAGUUUCAGUCCGAGGCCAUCACCUCUGCCUUUAUGUUUGUCACUAUUAUACUUGUCCUAGCAGCCGUCAUCAUGGGCAUCUUGUAUCCUCCUAACCAGGAGCAGUGGGCCGAAGGUGGCAGCUGGGCCACAAGAUUCUUGAACCACUCGCAGAGACACUCCCAUGCGGUGGGGGUAUUGUCUGUGAGCCGUCUACUAGUCGGCAGCUUUGCAGCCCUCACCGCCGCAAUAUGGCAGCAUCUCGCGGGUGCUUCCGCUUCGUUGGCAACGGACCUCACCUUUGGAGCCGUCAAGUACCAAACUGGCACGGCUGCCCUGGCUUUAGGCUGGCUUAGUUUCCUGCUCGUCGCCUGUGGUUUCUUGCUGACUCUCAUGGGAGCCCUUUUUCACUCCGAUAGUCCCGUGGGCUGGGAAUUGCCCAGCGAGCUCACGUCGACCGAUAGUGAUGCAUCUGAAGUCGACAGCAGCCCCGGUGACAAUGUCGAAGGCCAACAGAGACACCAGACGAUGCCUCUUUAUAAUACGCAGAAUAUACCGCCUAUGGCGCAGCAUGUGAACCAGGCAGCUCUCAACAGGAUGUUUUACUUUGCCGGACAACAGCGGAGCACGGCGUAUCCUCCUAGAUAUUACGACACUGCUGUGCGGGUAGACCGAUGGAGGCAGCAAACGAACGUGCCUCGGGGUUAUGCAGAAACGAUAUCUGAUGAGAGUUAUGACGCAUAGUCACAGUUACAGAGGUAUCCCUUAAACUCUAUUGGAGGAAAUGUAUAAGCUCCCGUCAUAUCUACAUAUCUAGUCAAACAUGCCAGCUCAGAGCC